GAAGCGAGCACAAAGAAAUCAAAAUGGUUUAUACUAGCUCGUUAAAACGAUAUUGGAUAUUGAAACAUUGAACAUAUAUUCACCUUAACGGUUUUUUAAAAUUCUUACAAGUUUCUGCUUGUCAUGGUUCCAUGGCGUUUGUACUUCACGUACAUUUCAAUAACCAUAGGCAGCUCUUUCGUUUUCGGAUAUCAUACGGGAGUUAUUAAUGCUCCACUUUCGCUUAUACAAAACUUUACUCGUAAAGUAAUCGACGACAAAAAUUACGUAUGUGGUUCAUCAUGCGUGAGAACAAUCAUGUCAUUCUGCGUAACCGCUUUUGUAAUUGGUGGAUUAAUUGGUGGCCUUUCUGGUGGAAUUAUUGCGAACAAGCUUGGUCGAAAAAGGACUUUAUUGAUUCUCUCACUUCCGACAAUUAUAGGAUCUGUACUUAUUAUGCUUUCUCUGGCAGUAAAUUCCUUCGAAGUUAUCAUACUAGGCAGAUUCAUAAUUGGUGUUUCGGCAGGGGCUUAUACUGUAGUGGCUCCUAACUACCUGUCAGAAAUUGCUCCACUGUCGUCUCGAGGUGCAGCGGGUACAAUGAAUCAAUUCGUUAUCGUGUUUGCCAUUCUGCUAUCUCAAAUCUUAGGUUUAUCUCAAGUCAUGGGAACAGAAACUUUAUGGCCGUAUUUACUGGGUCUUUGUGCCCCUGUUUGUCUCUUGCAUGUCAUUUGUAUGUUGUUUUGCCCUGAAAGUCCAAGUUACUUAUAUUUGAUCAAAGGCGAUAAGGAUGGUGCAAGAGAUGCCCUUCUGAUUCUCAGAGGCAAAAACUAUGAUGUUCAAAUGGAACUAGACUCAAUUCAACACAAUAUGGAGUACUCUGGAGACAAUCAAUUGUCAAUGAAAGACUUCUUCCAAAUACCGUAUUUACGAUGGGGAUUGUUUGUCGCACUUAUUCCACACUUUGGACAGCAAUUAUCUGGAAUUAAUGGUAUUCUAUAUUAUUCUGUUCCAUUGUUUGAAAGUAUUGGUCUUAGCAAUAAAGAUGCUACUUUAGUAAAUCUCGGAGUUGGAGCAACUAUUCUAUUGGGUACUAUUAUAUCAAUAUUUAUUAUUGACCGAGGAGGUAGACGCGUACUUCUGUUGAUUGGUUUUUCAAUAUGUCUGUUCAGUCUGAUUUCAUUUACGACAGUUCUUGCCAUUCAGAAGUUUACAGGAACACUUUGGCUUACGUAUAUCGCUAUUCUUAUAAUAUAUUUAUUCGUUUCGGGAUUCUCUAUUGGACCAGGUUCAAUCCCUUGGUUUAUUGUGGCUGAAUUGUUUACUCAAGAACACAGAGACACUGCAUCAAGUGUAGCUGUUGGCACAAAUUGGCUCUGUAAUAUUGUUGUUGGACUUGUUUUCCCACAAUUACUUGCAAUCAUGGAUAUUUAUGCAUUCAUACCGUUUAUAUGUAUACUGAUCACUGUGAUUGUUCUUAUCGCUUUAUAUCUACCAGAAACAAAAGGUUUUAGUCCAAUUUAUACUGAAUCUGUUUUCAAGGCUCAAUUUAGACAUUCAUCAAGGAUCCCGUACACAUGGGAGAUUGGCAGCCAGUUAAAAUUUGCUUUCACUGAACAUUAAAACAAAAUUAUUAAUAUAUAGGUUUGUAAGUAUUUUCGUCUGUUAAAAAAAUGUGAUCAUGAUAUAUGAGAAAAUCACUACUACUUAACAAACAACAUUUGUAUAUGUUAUUCUAUCUAUAUCUAUUCUUUACCACAUUAAAAAAUAUCAAUGAUCAAUGAAUGACUUUUGGAUUUUAUAACCAUGCCCGAUUGGAUUUGGAUUUUUGAAGCGUUGAACACACGUGGCUAAUUCACCACCUAUUUACUUCUACUACUACUACUACUACUUUGUUAAUUUUUGCAUAUCUUGUCUUGUCUUGUGAGGGAGAAAGACAGAGAUAUGUCCUGUGAUUAACAAUUCUAUAUAUUUAGCCAAUAAAUUAAGAUUCUUUUUUCCUUACUACUUACUACUUGUGUUCAUUCUAUAUUAUAUACACAAACAAAUUCUACACUUUUAACGAUCACUGUUUGAUUUCUUUCCUUUCUUAUUGCACUUCGGCUACCAUUAUUAUUAUUAUUAUUAUUAUUAUUAUUAUUAUUAUAAUUA